AUGGCUACAAUGGUAGAGGAGAAGGUUCAGCGUGUUGAGGAAUGUCUCGGUUUCACGUUCCCUCACGACAAGAGUCCAUGCGUGGAGUCCCUAAACACUGCUGGCUUGACCUUCUUUCAGGGUCAAAGUGUUCGCAAGAACAAUUUCCUGGCCGUCCAUGGAGACACACAGGCAGCUGCGUACUUCUCAUCCUUCUGGAUUGGUAAGAACGGUUCAUCCAAGGGGCAAUGGACUGAAAUUCGCGACCUCUUGGCAAACGAAAACCUGGCCCAGGUUGGGGUUGCUCAUGGCCUCGACGAAUGCGUCAUUCUCAAUCCUGGCACGACUCAGGUUUCGGGUGGCAUGAUGGCAACCACGGUGGAAGCUCUUCCUGGUGCGGUCCAUCUCGAACGCGGUUCAGAGGCUCUUGGUCGAGUGAUGGCUCGUCUCGGCCUGAUCCACAACCUUCUCACCUAG